AUGGUGGGCUACCCAGAGAACUUACCGCUCCCCGAGCUAUGGUCACCCUCAUCCUCGCUACCGUCUUCCAACGAUUCUUUCUACUCAGCCUCGUCGAAUGAGCCUCUGGUAGCCGGAAGUCUAGGUCUCCCCGCUGGUCAGGCUGAGGGGAUUUAUUUCCCUUCCUUUAGAAAGGAGGACGCGACGAGUGCGCGCCUCCUCAGUCUGUUGGACGAGCAGAGCUCCGAUUCAUGUGUUUCCUCAUCCUCAGAUUCGUCGAACGUAAAUCGCAUUCUCUUACCUGCAGGAUCUCAGGCUAGACAGAGAAGAUUGUCUGGGAUCGUUUUGUCUACGUCGAACAUGCUAUGGAAUCGCGGACGCACCAAGUCCCUACCCAGUCUUUCGCCUUCAGAUGUUCCAUUCGCGACAUUCCCGAUAGCUGCUGCUCCCCGAAACGACGCGACGAGCGGCGCUCAUAGAAACAGAUCCGUCAAGUUCCACACCACAGCACUCUCUCAGAAGAUUGAUCGCGGAACUCUGGACCGCAUUCCUUCUCCACAUCCUCAAUAUCGCUGCCAUGCCAUCAGCACUGACACGCUUGCAUCUCUGGCCUGGACCGGGCACUCGUCGAACUCCAUCUCACCCUCUCUUCACCCAGAUUCCAGCAACACCGCAUCCUUUCUCCUACCAUUGCAGUGCAGUUCGAUCUCCCCCACAUGCGACGCGCCUCCUACUGUCCCAUUAACUCCUUCCCCUGAUGCAGCCCACCGGCAUUCGUCGCAAGAUACCGCUAAGAAACGUCUCAGACGGUGGACAUUGGCUGCAGCCAUGACAGACUCCAGCAUAACCGAUGAAGUCUUUGUUGAAGGGUUGGAGAAGGUCAGAAUGGCCGCGGAAAUAUGGGAAUGGCGGGAGUCCGCGUCCGUGACCUCGUCGAUACCGCAGCUGCCGGUACUCCCACAACGCUCACCUAUCGGCGAUAUUCCUGUGGGAGAUGGUAACAGCGAUCAUGGGGAGGAGGAACUCGUCUCCACGCAGAGACGACGUUCGCAACCCAAAUUACCAAUACGCUCCACUUCCGAUCCAUCAUCAGCUCAAACAUGGCAGAUGGCCCGUCGAGCCUUGCUGAUUUGCAGAGAAAUAGUUCGGACGGAAAGAAAUUACCUUGCCUCGCUUCACAUACUUGUCGAUGGGGGGACGAUAACAACUCCCCCUGCACCCAUGCUUACUCUAUUGCAGCCUUUGGUCCAAAUCAGUACCGCGAUCCUGAAGAAAAUGGAACGUAAUCCUAGCGCACUCGGGGUCGCAGAGGCAUUCGUGUCCUGCCAAGAAGACUUGGAAAGUGCACUCGUUGCUUGGUGCAGCAGCGUGGGCGACUUCUUUGGUCCAUCUAAAUCGACGUCGAAAACCCUCGGUACUAUUGUAGGUCCCCUGAAGAGGAAAUUCAACGUGUGGAAGAGGGUCAAGGCUGCUGGGCUUGACUGGGACACGUCACUGCAAAGGAAGGCACAUAUUACUAUUGGAGACCUGGCCAUCUUACCGACUCAACGUAUCCUGCGUUACGUGCUUCUUUACAAAGGUACGUUCGCCUCCGUUUACACCCUUUUACAGUAUUAUGACACCAAGCAGAUCUACUUAGAUCGACCCAUCACAGCUCUCCUUCAUAUACCUGGGUUAGGCUUGCAGCGCAAACGUCUGAAAGAAUUGCUAGGAAAUGUGACUCUGCGCAGCUCAAUAGACUAUUUAUUAGAUGAGAAAAUGAGAAAAUAA